AGCAGAAGCCAGCAAAUACAAGCUAGAAGCUCUCUUAUCUCAUCACUUGCAACGUAGUGCAAGGCAAAGUAGUUUUUCUGCAUUGAUAAUCCAUGGCGACCUCCAUGGUUUGCCUGGUUGCGCUCUGCCUCGUGUCUCCGCUGCUCCUCGCCGGCGCCGUCCUCGGCAACCCGGGCUACGGCGGUUUGUUUCCACAGUUCUACGAUCACUCGUGCCCCAAGGCAAAGGAGAUCGUGCAUUCCAUUGUGGCGCAGGCCGUGGCCAGGGAGACCAGGAUGGCGGCGUCCCUCGUCAGGCUGCAUUUCCAUGACUGCUUUGUCAAGGGUUGCGACGCUUCUGUCCUGCUGGACAACAGCACAAACAUUGUGAGUGAGAAGGGGUCCAACCCCAAUAAGAACUCCAUCAGGGGGUUCGAGGUCGUCGAUGAGAUCAAGGUCGCCCUUGAGACCGCCUGCCCCGGCACCGUCUCCUGCGCCGACAUCCUCGCUCUCGCCGCACGCGACUCCACCAUCCUCGUCGGUGGCCCUUACUGGGAUGUGCCACUCGGGCGGAGGGACUCUCUAGGCGCGAGCAUCCAGGGCUCCAACAAUGACAUCCCAGCACCAAACAACACCCUUCCCACCAUCAUCACCAAGUUCAAGCGCCUCGGCCUCAACAUCGUCGACGUUGUCGCCCUCUCAGGUGGCCACACCAUCGGCUUGUCCCGCUGCACCAGCUUCAGGCAGAGGUUGUACAACCAGUCCGGCAACGGCCUCGCCGACAGCACGCUGGACGUGUCCUACGCGGCUCAGCUGAGGCAGGGGUGCCCACGCUCUGGUGGCGAUGACAACCUCUUCCCGCUCGACAUCGUCACCUCCACCAAGUUCGACAACUUCUACUUCAAGAACAUCCUUGCCGGCAGGGGCCUUCUCAGCUCGGACGAGGUCCUGCUCACCAAGAGCGCCGAGACGGCGGCGCUCGUGAAGGCGUAUGCAAAUGAUGUGCAUCUCUUCUUCCAGCACUUCGCCCAGUCAAUGGUGAACAUGGGCAACAUCUCGCCACUCACUGGGUCACAAGGGGAGAUCAGGAAGAACUGCAGGAGGCUCAACAAUUUCCACUGAGUUGCUAAAAGAAUGAUGCUUGAUUUGUGUGUUGAACUGUAUUUGGAGUUUGUGCAUUUAUUUUUAAUAAGCAAGGGAGCCUUAGAUGAUGCCCUGUGAGCUCUUGCUGAAAAUCUUUCACACCCCUUGUAAGUGACCGACCCAAGAUUUCCAAAAAUGAUGUUUGGUCUAA